GACACCGUUUAAAUGGAUUUUCAGAAUAGGUAAAGGCACGGACGUGCACCGGAUAACACGGAUUCAAUUGAAUACUCGUCUCCGUUCUUCGACUCCGACGCAGACUCUGUAAUCGGCUGUCACCGUUGCUGCAACUUGACCUCUCCAAUUGUGAGACCAACAGCAGAAGUUCGAGACGCCGUGUACUGUUAAACAGUGGACACAAAGCUUAUAAAAAACGGCAGGCGCUAUCGACAGAACGACUUCAUUUUAGGCUCUGAAUAAUUGUUGUAACCAUCGGGAGAAAAAUACAUGGCAAUAGCUGACCGGAAGUCACCGUCCGAUGGUAAAAUCUGGGGUUUCUUUAAGCUGCCGUUUCGUGGAAACGGUACAAACACGAAUUCCUCGUCGUCUUCUUCUUCGAUGCAUCAUCAGCAUAAUCAGAGUAACUCACUAGUCGAAGGAUCGAAUGCUUAUGGCUCUAACUCGGUGUCUUCAGUUGCGAGAUCAAUUUUGCCUACCCGGCGUCGGCUUAAGCUUUCUCCGUGCAAUAAACUCUACUUUCCAUAUGAACCUGGCAAGCAGGUCAGGAGUGCGAUCAGGAUAAAGAACACAAGCAAGUCCCAUGCAGCUUUCAAGUUCCAAACAACUCAACCGAAAAGCUGUUUCAUGCGUCCGCCAGGGGCUAUUCUUGCACCCGGUGAGAGUAUCGUUGCAACUGUCUUCAAGUUUGUUGAGCUUCCUGAAAACAAUGAGAAACCAUUGGAUCAAAAGAGCAGGGCCAAGUUUAAAAUCAUGAGUCUAAAGGUGAAAGGACCAAUGGAUUACAUGCCUGAGCUGUUUGAUGAGCAGAAGGAUCGUGUUUCUAUUGAGCAAAUUCUGCGGGUUGUGUUUCUCGAUCCAGAGCGUCAAAAUCCCGUUCUCGAAAAGUUGAAGCGCCAACUUGCUGAGGCUGAUGCUGCAGCUGAGGAACACAAGAAACCUCCAGAAGAUACUGGUCCGAAGAUUAUUGGGGAAGGACUUGUUAUAGAUGAAUGGAAAGAGAGAAGGGAAAAAUUUCUUGCUCGACAACAGGUUGAAGGAGUCGACUCGAUCUAAAGAGGCUGUGUUUUCCCGAGAGUGCACAUUUGUGAUUGAAAUUUACUUAGUCCCUCAUUAAGUGAGCAUCUUCCAGUCAAUAGAUGUAAUGCGGAUGAUGCUGUAUUCAGAGAAUCAAGUUCUGCCUCUUCUGUAUGAAAAAGGAUGAAAUAUGUGACCACCUGCUUUGCUUGUAAAAUAUGUAAUUUUGUUCUUCCUCUUCGAUUAAUAAAGGGAAUGAAAAAAAACUCUGGAUGUUUAUUCUCAUAGGAUUCCCCUAUUGGAUUGACAUGCAUUGCAAUAUCAAUGGUAUUUUCUCUGCC